CUCAACGUAGUUUCCAGUCGGACGUAUUUUGAAUGAACAAAAAAACAUGGCAGCCCCUGGUAGACGAUCAUGCGUCCAGUAUUUAAUACAUCUUGCUCAAGACAAUUUGGACUUCAGGUUACCGGAAAUUGAAGCUCUGCUGGCUCUCAGAGGGAAAAAAAUCAAUCCUGUGUGGCGCUUCAAAGAAACGGCUCCUUUCUGGUGUCUGGAUGAUUUGACAGAGGAAGAUGUCCGGGGCAUCAUGACCAGAUCGGUUUGUGCAAAGUCUGCUUUUGAACUAUGGGGCCACGGACGGACACACAGUGAGCUCAGAACAUCUUUACUGAACUACCCAGUGGAGAACAUGUCGCCAUUCAUGCACAAAAACUCAACAUACAGAAUAAAUGUUUACACCUACAACAAAACCCUGGAGUUUCAAGAGAGAAUUAAACGAAUCGAUGCAAUGGAAUACCUUCCAUUUCAGGGUGUCGUAAACCUAAAGAACCCUCAGCACAUCUUCUGUUUGCUGGAAGAUUACGGCACUGACCCCAACAACAUCCCUGAGCAUCCGGAUUACAUUUUUUUUGGCCGAUGGAUAGCAGAUGGUCAACGUGAAUUGAUACGUUCGCACAGUGUGAAGAAUCGCCACUUCAUAGGAAACACCAGUAUGGAUGCAUGCCUCUCAUUUAUCAUGGCCAACCAUGCAAAGGUCAAAGAACACGACCUUGUCUUUGAUCCGUUUGUUGGUACUGGGAGUCUGCUGGUUGCGUGUUCUCAUUUCGGAGCUUACGUGUGUGGAUCGGAUAUUGAUUACAACACUAUCCAUGGCAAAGGACGAUCAAGCCGUAAAAAUCAGAAAUGGCGUGGACCUGAUGAAAACAUCCGAGCUAACCUGCGACAGUACGGAGCAGAGAAGAUGUAUGUCGACGUGAUGGUGUCUGACGCGUCCAGGCCUGUCUGGAGGAGGACGCCACUUUUUGAUGCCAUCAUUACCGAUCCUCCUUACGGUAUACGUGAGUCCACGAGAAGAACGGGUUCCCACAAAGAAACCAGCAAGCCUCCGGACGGCAUCUAUGCCGAGUCGCAUGUGGCUGUGUCCCAGUCCUACCACUUGAGUGACAUCUUAGCUGACCUGCUAAACUUUUCUGCUCAUCACUUAGUCAUGGGAGGAAGGAUGGUCUAUUGGCUGCCUGUUCAUCGGCCAGAAUACUGUGAUGAGAUGGUUCCCCUUCAUCCAUGUCUUCAGCUCAUUAGCAACUGUGAACAGACGCUAUCAAGCCACACGUCCCGUCGCCUGAUCACCAUGGAGAAGGUCAAAGAACCCGAGGAAUCAGACGGUCUAGCACACCUAGCGGACCCCCGCUUCUGCCCCUACCAGGGCCACAACGCCUUCAGAGAGAAGUACUUCAGCGGCGUCAACAAGAGGCUCGGCAAGGACAACAAAUCUGAUGCCAAAGAAGAUGCAAUCAUUUGAAACCGCCAUCUUCAUAACUCGACAUUAUUACGGAAAGAUUUUUUAUUAUCGGAUUCCUUCCUAAUGUGGUUAGUGACUGUACAGUAUGUAUUUCUUAUGGUACUUUUGCGACACAUUUCAAGUUUGACGUCUAUUCUUUUCACUAUUUUUUAAAUAAAUGUAUAGGAUUAACUUUUAUUGAGUAUUCUAUGUGGACAUUUAAUUCCACAUACACCUGCCGAGUGUACACGUCAAACAGAUAACAUACGCCCAUUCAGAAUAUGCCGCUAUUCCGCAUUCCAUCCUUUAAGUGGCUGAAAUGUAUCUUUGAUGAUCUCCAAUUUUCAUAAUUAUACUCCAGGAUGUCACAUUUUGUGACAGAAUCACCGUGUGAAGUUUUCUACACGGAUAAAUCAAUGUUUGUUUUUUAAAUAUCUCCUUAUGUCUGAAAUAGGGGCAGCAGGGUGGCAUGGUGGUUAGCAUGCCCGCCUACUCCGGAUUCCUCCCACAUCCACGAAACAUGCAUGUUUGUCUAAUUAGAGACUCUCUAUCUGGAAUGGAUUAUUUGAUUUAGAUGAUUUUCUAUGGGAAAAAUGUAAUGACUACUUAGGUAACGCUGAUUGACGUAUGGAUGGUCCCAAAGUCAGCUGGGAUUGGCUCCAGCUUAUGAACAAGGUAUAGAAAAUGAAACGAUGCACGCUUCAAAAAGUUCGGUAAUACUGCAAAACUGCAACUACUUGUAUUUUCUGUAUCUUCAAAACAGCAUGGUGUCCGGCUUUCCACAGUCCUGCACCUAGUCUGCAGCUUUCUUCUUUUCCGACCGGUUGGCAUGGAGGCGCCCUGAUUCUUCAGACUUCCAGUUCACGCUCCCCGUUGUUUACCAGUCGAACCGCCAUCCCUGCUGUCUCCGUCUUCACAGGAAGAGGGUGCCAGCCACCUCAUUUGUGGUGCGUGUUGUUUACUGUUCCCAGCAUGAUGUUUUGUCGCACAUCUUCAUCAAGGACAAACAAUUGGAAACCUCACACUUAUCGCUUCUGUAGUUUUGGCCUCAGCAUGCCUUGUAAAAAUAUAAACCAGUCCCAUGUUUUCCACAAGCCGACUGUGUUAACUUUUAAAGCUUCUUUCUAUUUCUCUUUGAAGCCUGCUGUGCGUGUGUUUGUUUGCGCUGCCACAAAACAGUGACAAAGCCCCCGGGCUCAGUAAUUAAAGACUGGAGGGAGUUGGAUGGAGGGGGUUCCUCGCUUUAGCGCGUAAUUCCAUCCAGACGUCGUGGAAUAUUAACUGGCUGUGUUUGAGGAUCUGCUGUGCAUGAAGUAUGAAGUGAACUUGUACUCCGCCCUUGUCCUCACCUCCAUCAGU